AUGGGGUCAUCAAUUCGAGCAGUCGGGACUCUUGGAAAGGUCUUCCAAGUGGCCUCCCUCGCGAUCCUCCUUCUCGCCGGCCAAGGCUUUUCUACCCCGAUCUCUUCUGCCCAGUCCGCUGCGGCUGAUGAAUAUGAUUACAUUGUUGUGGGCAGCGGGCCUGGUGGCGGCCCACUGGCUUCCAACCUUGCGAGAGCAGGCUACUCAGUGCUGCUGGUUGAAGGAGGAGACCAGAGCGUGGGUGGCAGUGGUAACCAAUAUCCACCAGAAAUAACGUGGGACUUCUUCGUCAAGCACUACGAGGAUUCGGAGCGUCAGAUGAAGUACAGCCAUCUGACAUGGCGACUCACAGACGGGUCAUACUGGGUGGGGCGUGACAAUCCGCCUGCAGGCGCAAAACUGCUUGGUGUAUACUAUCCUCGUGGUGGCACUGUAGGAGGCUCGUCCAUGAUCAAUGCGAUGGUCACAUUUUUGCCCAGCGAUAGCGACUGGAACCAUAUCGUAAAUAUAACGGGCGAUACUUCCUGGAGCUCCGACAACAUGCGCAAGGUUUUCCAGAGAAUUGAACACAAUAACUAUCUCCCAAAUCCCACCCCUGGUCACGGCUUCGACGGUUACUUUCAAACCAACAUGGCGAAGCCCAUGAACCUUACCAAUCCAGGUCUCGUUGCCAUGCAAGCCGUAGCAUCCUCACUUGGCAAGGACCCGAGCAAGGUGGUUGACUAUGUCAAUACUGACCCAAAUGGCCUGAUUACCAACAGAGAUCAGGCUACGGGGAUUUUUGGGCUGCCUUCACAUACCAAGUCCAACGGCCAACGGUUUAGCUCCAGAGACUACAUCGUCGAGACACUUAAUGCCGUCAAUGCUGACGGAACAAAGAAAUACCCGUUGACCUUGCAGAUGAAUUCUCUUGCCACACGGGUACUCUUUGGCAAUGAUACCGCGUGUGGUACGGCGAAGCCACGAGCCACCGGCAUAGAAAUCAUGGACGGGAAAUCAUUGUACAGCGCUGAUCCCCGGCAUAAUCCUAACAGCAAAGGCUCGAUCAGGCAAGCCACGGCUAAGAAAGAAGUCAUCCUGUCGGGCGGCACAUUCAACUCUCCCCAAAUACUUAUGCUAAGUGGGAUUGGUCCCGCAGACCAGCUGAAGCAAUUCAACAUCCCGGUCUUAGUCGACUCGCCUGGCGUAGGCCGUAACCUACAAGACAACCAGGAAAUGCCCAUUGUUGGCCAGUUCGGUCAGAGCGGAUUUGGAAAUCCCGGUGGCUGUACGAUGCUCAAAACUAAACAUGCAGCCUUCGACGAGCGCGACAUGUUUGUAUUCCAAGGCCCAUUUGUAUUCCGAGGUUUCUGGCCCUCGAACCAAGCUAAUGCUGCUCUACCUCGAGAUCCAACCGGCGCGUACGGCAUGUCGAUGGUCAAGAUGCAUCCGCAGAAUAAGGCAGGAACUGUCAAGCUUAGUUCAGCCAAUCCACAGGACAUGCCCGAUAUCAACUUCAACCUAUACGCUGAGGGGAAGGAAACUGAUAUGGGCGCCAUGAAAGAUACCAUUGGAUGGGCUCGGAAGGUCUAUGGGGCUAUCAAGGCACCUCAGGGACCCGUCAAGGUCUUGGAGCCGCCAUGUUCUGGCACUCUAGAUGCUAAUGGAGGCUGUGGAAAGGACGAUGAAGAUUGGAUUACCGCCCAGACCUUCGGUCACCACCCAACUAGCACGUGCGCCAUUGGGGCUGAUGAUGAUCCGAAUGCCGUGCUGGACUCGAGGUUCCGCGUGCGCGGCGUAGCUGGACUAAGGGUUGUUGAUGCGAGCACGUUCCCUAGGAUUCCUGGUGUUUUCCCUGUUGUGGCAACGUUUAUGGUUAGUGGGAAGGCAACGGAUACCCUUCUGGAAGAUGCGAAGGCAGAUCAAUGUUGA